CCCUACUGCGCAUGCGCAGCUCAGGCACCCUACUGCGCAUGCGCCGCGCAGGCUGGUAUUUUUCUCGGAAAGCCGUGUUUUUCAUCUUAAAUAUCGCUUAUUUUUAUAGAAAUCCCUGUUUUUAACCCUAAAAUAUCGCUUAUUUUCAUAGAAAUCCCUGCUUUUAACCCUAAAAUAUCGCUUAUUUUCAUAGAUCUGUGUGAGCAGCCCAGAGAGCAAAGGGCUGCAAUCACUGCUGGGGAUGCAGCGAGUGCUGAUUGCACACCCAGUGCUCCCAGUGACACACAGCUGUCGUUUCGUAGCCCUGCGAAUGGGAGCUGUUGGGUCAGGGCCUGGAGCGCUGAUUGAACACCUGAGGUGAGGACCGAGCCAGCUGUGGAAGUGCAGAGCAUCGUGUAAAGUGUGUUAAAGAGUUCCUGUUCUGGUCCUUGAAUGCCCUUAUGGGUAUUUUGGGCUCUCAGACAGGAGGAGAGGAGCGACGUUCCUGGAGGACCUGGAGUGCAGAGGAAAGAAGGUGGAAUUCCCAGCUGGACCAAAGCAGCGAAAAAGAGAUGAUUCUGUGAUUCUCUUUCUGGAGGUCUUUCUCCUUGGAGUUUUCUUCUACAAGCCUAGGACCCGGGUGAGCAUUGCAUUUAUUUUUGGUUGCCAAUUACUUACUAUUGCAGUAACCUUUCUAACUGCAACACCUGUGAAAUGCUGUUCUGACCAAACCAUGCUGCAAACUGCGCGCCCUGCAACUGGGCUUCGGUCACCCAUCAGAGCGCCGCAGGGAUGCCUCUGCAGGAAGCACUGCAGGCUGUUAAAGCCCGCCGCUGCUGCUAUGGCAGAAGACCUUCUGAUCAGAAGACCUGCAGAUCCAAGGGACUUCAUGGUCGGAGAGGAGGAGCUCCAUACAACCCAGUUCAAAGCCCCCAGUUCUCCUCCUGCUCCGUCUGGCUGCAGCCCCCGGUGCUGUUGGUUCCGUUUGGCGGCUCCCUCAACAUCACCUGCAGCACUUCCUGCAGUGACCCCCAGGUGCAGGGCGGCGUGGAGACUUCAUCGCGCCACAGUCGUCAGCCCCGCAACGCGACGGUGCUGGAUGUGACACUGAGCGACGUCACCGAGUGGAACAGCAGCCUGAAGUGCUACUUCCGCUGCCACGGGGGCAGGGAGUGGGAGAAGGCAGAGCUCAUCGCCUACCGCCCAUUGGACCAGCCAGAGCUGUCACCAAUUCCCCCCCUGCAGUCCGGCCGUGCUCACAUCCUGUCCUGCCUUGUCCCCAACGUGUCCCCAGUCCGCAACCUGACGGUGUCCCUGUGCCGUGGUGGCCUCACUCUGCACACAGCCACUUUCUGGGGGCACUCCCAGAAGCAGCCGGAGGACGUGUUGGUGACACACGAGGUGACGGCACGGCGGGAGGACCACGGGCAGAGCAUCACCUGCCGUGCAGAGCUCGACCUGCGGCCAUACGGCCCGCUGUUCAACAUCACCUCCACUGCACAGCUGGUGGAUAUCUAUGAUUUCCCGGACCCCCCCACGCUUACCUCAUCCCCCCCAGCCCUCCAAACAACAGCCGACGUCCACCUGGAAACUGGCGAGGAGCUCAACCUGACCUGCAGCGUCCAGAACGCCUUCCCUGCAGCCAACAUCACCCUGCUGCUGGAUGGGGAACCACUGAAGCCAUACAGCGAGGACAGUCAGAGUGCGGGGACUGGGGGGCUGCUGUGGAAUCAGCCUGGAAAGCACAAAUUGGUGUGCAGGGUGAGAGUGGGGCCUGAGGCACAGAGCACGGAGCUGGUGGUGAACAUUUAUGAUUUCCCCACGCCGCAGCUCAGUGUCAGCACCGACAUCCCCGUGGCGAUGCAGAACGUGUCGGGACGCUGCGAGCUGCCUGGAGGGCACAGGGAGGGCAUCGAGCUGCGGGUGACGGUCGGGCAAAGGGUGUUGGCGCCCUGGGGGCCAUCGCCGCUGCUCUUCACACUGCUGGUGACGGAGGAACACGACGGCUCCGAGCUGCGCUGCGAGGCCAAAGUGGAGGGCAGGGCUCCGAAAUGGAGCGACAUCGUGAGGCUGAAUGUCAGCGCCCCACCCCACAUGGACGACCAACUCUGCCCCCCAACCCACACCUGGACGGAGGGCCAGGAGGUGAAUCAGUGGUGCCGUGCACGAGGAAAACCCGACCCAGUGGUGACGUGUCACAAGGAUGGCACUAUCAUCCUCAUGCGACAGCCGUGUGUCGUCAGCCGGAACCACAGCGGGACGUAUUGGUGCAGCGCCAGCAACGCCUUGGGCACGAUUGGACGGAGCGUCAGUGUGACAGUGGAGUACUGGGACAUCAACGUGGGCCUUUUGGUGGCGCUGGCGGUGGUGGCGGUGGUGCUGGCUGCAGUUGGGGCUGCUCUGUACCGCCUGUAUUACCGUAAGAAGAAGAUCCGUCAGUACGAGCUGCAGAAGGAGCAGCAGCGCCUCUUGGCUUUGGGGGGCUUCUCGGAUGGGGCUGCAGCCUCCUCAAAUGGGUCAGCGCCAGUGACACAAGCGUAGCACCCAUGGGUGCCGGGUGGGAACGUCCCAUGGGACGCUCGGAGGGGUGAGCAGACUGACAGCAGUGUGAUGGGGGUGGUGGUACCCAGUGGGGGACAUCUAUAGGGACACAACCAGUGGUACCUGAUGGGGGACAUCUAUAGGGACACACAGCUAGCGGUAGCCUGUGAGUGACACGGAUGGGGACACAACCUCUGGCCCAGGGACACCACAGUGGUGUUACCCAGUGGGUGAGGACAGGUGUCACGCUGACUUCGUGCUGUCCCCCCAACACCUGGCUGGCCCAGGGUGGGGGGGCCACAGUGGGUUCUGGUGAUGAAGGUGAGGAUGAUGAGGGUGCAGGGGGUGUGUGCCGAUAAAAAGUGGGGGUGACAACUGUGGUGUCCCCCCCAGACUCUUCGCUUUGCUUCCACCGCCGGCCCCAGGUGCCAU